ACAGAGAACCUCCAAAUGCUCCUAAAUUUGGAUGUUCUCGCGUGACGGCAUUUUGUUGUAAGGCUGAUACUCGAUCGUGGGAGGUGCUUCCAUAUUUGAUUUAAAGCAAAAAGCUCGACACUUCGAGUAGACUGCUCGUUCUAAGCAGGUUUCUAUGAUUGAUAUGUGACUUGGUACAGGCCUCACCCUCUCCCCAUAAUCAGCUUUGAGUAGGGCGGGGCGAGAAGUCAGGUGGGGAAGUUAUGGCAUUAUGGUGGGAAACCUGUAAGCUAAUGUCCAGAUGCUAUUUAUACUGAUCAUGACACAAUAAACAGGCGAGAAAUGGAACUGAUAACAUCGUAAAUAAACUGGUCAAACUGUUUUUAAGGAUGAUGUAAGAAUAUAAGAUGUUGUCUUUGGGAAGAGCAUCACCUACCAAACAGCAAAUGACAAACUAAAUUCCUUCGAUAGAAAUAACAAGAGCAAGAUAAGGAAGAGUUUGACUAUAUGGAAUUAUGCAAAAUUAAGACAAUGUAUCAGCGGUAAUAAUAAGAUUAGGAUAAAGGUAUUUGCCAAACCGUUUUUUUGUGCCUAGGAAAUAUAACCCGGUUUUGUUAAACACUAACUACGCAUGCUAAGUCGAACAAUGAGGAGAUCCAUAUCAAAGUAAAAUAUAAUGCGAAAUGUCGGAUUGGGGAAGUGAAAGUAAAUAUCGUGUCAGACGUGUCAGAAACGACUUUUGCAUAUUAACAAUUCCUUCAUAAGACAUUUCCCUCUAACAUGACAGAUUAAAACCAACAAAAAAAAGAAAUGUAAAGAGCUUAGGGAAAGAGUCUUUAGACAGUUUCCCGAACAUAUGAUGAAUUACUACAUCAAGAAAAAAGAACUUUAAAAAUAGAAGAAAAUAUAAGCAAUUCAUUUAGGGACAGCUUCUUUUUACAUUUUUCCGUACAGAUUACAAGACGUACAACAUCAAAGGAAAGAAAUGUAGAUUUUCAAUAAACAUAGGGAAAGGCUCUUUAGAGAUCGCACUCCAACAUGAGAAAUUACAACAUUUAAAGAAAAAAAAUGCAGUUGUGUGCAACAAUGAGAAUAGCGACAGUCUCGUUCGCCUAACAACAUGACAGAUGACAACAUUUAAAGAAAAGAAAGGUAGAGAAACAAAAGACUAUAAUGGCAGCCCGGUUAGACAUGGUCCUCCCAAAGAGUCAAGGUCUUUCUCUAGCAACUCUAAAUAUCCGCUGGAAAGCAAUAUGAUAUUUCGCAACCUCAAGGCGCUAUUUUACGUUAUUUGCGCUGUUAGUUUGAUGAUAGUGUGUGUUAUCGUCGUGUUCUACGACUUCAAAACAUCACCGCGAAAUCGCUCCUUUACUCACGGGGACGCAAUUCUGGUGGACGCCCGUCAUAAUACCCGUAAAAAGAGUUGUACUCCUAAAAAGAACGUUGUCUUUCUAAAGACGCACAAAACCGGAAGCAGCACCAUCAGCAACAUCUUCCACCGAUAUGGGGAGAAGCACGAUUUGGUAUUCGUUCUUCCUGUGGAAGAAACAACAAGCCUGCUGGGAUGGCCAUGGUUCUUUCAGGAAAGUCACGUCAAGCAAUACAAUGUCAAGCCAAACGUCCUCUGCAGUCACGCACGCUACAACAGGGCCACCCUAACAUCAUUCAUGCCAAACGAUACAGUGUAUGUGACGAUAUUGCGUGACCCUGUAAUGCAAUUCGAAUCUACGUUUUCGUAUAUGAAAUUCAGUGAACUCCUUGGAAUUUCUAAUGAAUCCGAUGCACUGGAAACUUUCUUGGAGAAGCCAAAAGAAAUCUUGGUUGACUACGUUUUAACAAAAGACCUUAGAGUUAACAGUCAUCGGCUGAAACUUAUCCGAAAUGGCAUGUUUUUUGAUUUGGGACUGGAGUCUAAAGACUUCGAAAAUAAAACCCGCAUUGCGGACUCUAUCAAGGAUUUGGAGUCUCAGUUUGAUCUAAUUAUGCUUUUGGAGCACUUCGAUGAAUCGCUUGUUCUCUUGAGGAGACUUCUAUGUUGGGAGCCAAAUGACGUACUGUAUUUUAGUAUCAACCAAAGGGACGAUGUCCACAAAAGAGUACAUCUACCGGAAAAGCUUGCUCGCAAGAUUCGCCAAUGGAACAGUGCAGAUGUUGCUCUUUAUAAGCACUUUAGCAAGGUUUUGCGAAAAAAGCUCUAUAAGCAAUCAGGUGAAUUUUACAGUGAAGUGAAAGAUCUAAAAGUUAGAAACCGGCACAUGCAGCAUAUGUGCAUUGAUUCAGAAAAAUCAGAAAAAGUGUUGUUAGAUCGAAACAUUAAAGGUUUUAGGAUUCGUCAGAAUAUAACGAGAGAGUCGAAGAACACGUGUGAUCGAAUGACUCUUAUGUCAAUCGAUUAUCAAAGGAUUUUGAGGAGGAAACAAGAUGCUAUGCUUCGUAGACAUAAAUCGUUGAUGAGUAGAAUGUGGGAAAGAAUUGUGACUUUUUUUAAUUCGGUGUAAAUGUCUUGGACAGAUCUUGCACGUGCGCUCCCUCUACCUCGACCGAAAAAUAUCUAUAUCUGCACCCCCGUCGUCAAACUCUGGCUGGAAAGUACUGGGGCCGGAUCCUGAAAGGCCGAUUAACUUAAACCUAGAUCAGCGCCUAAUCCCAGGUUAAAAUGCGCUAAUCGUAGGUUAGCUAACCUACGGAUAACACAACGUUCACUAAAGCGAAGUAAUCCCUCGAUUUACUAACCCUGGAUUAAGCGAGUGAAAAACUAGUUUGACGAGUAAAAUUCACACAGGAUACCCACAGUAGAUCAACACAGUAGAGCAACUCAAAUAUUUACCUUUGGUGAUUUUAUUUUCGCAGAGUAGCCCCGAAACACCUCUACAUCGCCUGUAUGUACCUCCAUUUUCUUGCCAAAAAUGUCAUUUGCAGGAUUCGAGUUUUGUGCGUGACGCUAGCGAAACAGAUUCAUUUCAAUUAUAUAAUAAGUUUCAU